GUAGGACUUCUAUAUAUACCAAGAGCCUUUCGGCGCAAACGCGCUAAAAUUUACGUUCUCCAGUUGACAGCUAUAAGACGGGUAUAUAGGGAGUAUUCCGCAGUCUAACCUAACUUACGAUUCACGCAAAAGAGUGUAUAUAAAGAUCGGCCAUCAUCAUUCGCCAGUUGUAAUCUUCUCUUGUCGAAGCAUCUCUGUCGUGCAAGUCAUCGUGAACGGUCAUUUCUAAAAACUUUUCAUAUAAGUACAGUCAAACAUUUCGAUAGCAGGAAACGAGACCGUUUCAACCGUAGAUUGCAAGUAGCUCUUACAUCGAACAACACGUACGCAAAAAUGCUCCGAAAGAUCGUCAAUACUCCGCUUCUCCAAACUGCAACAAAAUCGUUCACGACUACUUUGGCGUCAAGGAAUAUAAGUUUUGAUCUCAAUGACACCCAAAAAGAAAUGCUUGAGCUUGCACAAAAGUUCACUAGAGAAGAAAUUAUACCAGUUGCAGCAAAAUAUGACCGUAGUGGAGAAUAUCCAUGGGAAAUCGUAAAGAAAGCUUGGAGUGUGGGUUUGUUAAAUCACCACAUUCCUCAAAGUGUAGGUGGUCUUGAGUUUGGCAUUUUUGAUGGCUGCAUAGUAAGUGAAGCUAUUGCUUACGGAUGCACAGGAAUUAAAACUGCCUUAGAAGGAUCAGGUCUUGGACAAACCCCUGUUAUCAUGGCUGGAAAUCACGAACAACAAAAGAAAUAUCUUGGUAGAUUGCUGGAAGAACCAUUGGUAGCAGGAUACUGUGUUACUGAACCAGGUGCAGGUUCGGAUGUAAACGGUGUACAAACUAAAGCAGUCAAGAAAGGUAACGAGUGGAUACUAAACGGUACAAAAAUGUGGAUUACUAAUGGAGGAGUUGCAAACUGGUAUUUUGUUUUGGCCAGAACAAACCCUGAUCCAAAAGCUCCAGCAAGCAAAGCUUUCACAGGUUUCAUAGUUGAACGUGAUUGGGAAGGUGUGACUCCUGGUCGCAAAGAAGUAAAUAUGGGACAAAGAGCAUCAGACACUCGCAUGAUAACUUUUGAAGAUGUUCGAAUUCCAGAAGAAAAUGUAUUAAUUGGUGAGGGUGCUGGCUUUAAAGUUGCUAUGGGUACCUUUGAUAAAACUAGGCCAGCAGUUGCAUGUGGUGCUGUUGGUCUAGCCCAGAGGGCUUUGGAUGAGGCUACAAAGUAUGCUUUAGAACGCAAGGCUUUUGGCAAGCUAAUUGCUGAACACCAAGCAGUAGCAUUCAUGCUGGCUGAUAUGUCAAUUGGUGUUGAAACUGCAAGACUUGCUUGGAUGAAGGCCGCACAUGCACUUGACAACAAACAACCAAAUGGAUCUAUGCUUGCCAGCAUUGCCAAAUGUUAUGCUGCUGAUGUCGCUAAUAAAUGUGCAACUGAUGCUGUUCAGAUAUUUGGCGGCGCAGGCUUCAACACCGAAUACCCUGUAGAAAAACUUAUGAGAGAUGCUAAAAUUUACCAGAUCUAUGAGGGAACCGCUCAAAUUCAAAGACUGAUUAUUUCCAGACAAUUGUUUGCUAACGCUAAGCAAGGAAUACACUAAAUUUAUAUUUACUUUAAUUUAUUAAUAAGUUUUCACUGAAAGCCUUUAUCAAUGCAAUUUAAUUGUUUAAAAGAUUUUAAAAGAGAGAUUAUCAAAAACGAAUAUAUUUUUACAUGUGUAUAAUGUAUAAUAUAAAUACAAUUUGCCUGUCCUUUGAAUGUAGUGUAAUUUGGUCAAACUUUUCCAGGUCAACAAACAUUUUUAUACUGAUAUACAAAUUUUAUACGUCCUUAUUAUUAUUUAUACAGACCCGAAAAAUGUCUAAUUUUAUAUAAUAAAAAUUUGGAAGUUUAUAUUAUAAUGAUUCGUACCGUUUACUUGACAAUAACUAUAGAUUACUUUAGAAAUUUCCACGAUCCCGUAAUGCGCCACGCGUGAACGAAACACAAUAUUUUUCAAUCGUUAUUCGCCAAUACAGUACAUUGUAUAACUAGAAGCAUAAAUAUGCGGGCUUUUCCAAGAAGGAAGCACGAUUGAGCACGAGUGCUCAAAUCAUCGCGUAAUCUUUCGUAUCAAAAAGGACUUUGAUCCCUUGCACACGGUACCAUCGUACAUUUAUAAAGAGCAUUAGAGGCUGUUUGAGUCGUCACAACUUUUCAGUGAAGUGUGGAUUAGAAAAACGAAUUUACUGUUACGGAGUUAUUGUUUGCGCCAUUAUAAUUUUGUCCAAACGAAGAAAUUUUUUGGAAAUAA